AUGGCGUGGAUAUGUCUAUGUCAAAGUCAUGUUCCUGAUGUUCCGCCUUAUCACUGGCCAGUGACGUUAGCAGAAUGUCAAGGAAAAGAACAAGCGUGUAUGAAUAAUUGUUUCUACGGCUCUACCAAGACAAUUUGCAUAGACGCCUGCAGUCGGUACUACACAUGUGAUAAGGCAGGGAGUCCAUUCAGUGGGCUCCGAGUAGAAAGGGAAGAUCAAACACCAACAUACGGAAACUCCUCCUCGUCGUCCUCCUAUUCAUUUAACAGAUAUAUAUGUGCAAUUUAUUUCUUUGUCUAUUAUUUCAUUUAUUCAUAUAUGUAAACAA